GUUAGGUUGGACAGUGACAGUCACCCAUGUGAAUGUGCAGAAGUAUCCCCUGCCACAGAAAGUGUGUAGAGUGCGUAGAGAAAGGUUUUUGAAGCUCUACCAUCACGGAGACGUUAUUUUUGCUUAUCACUGCAAGAUAAAGCCAUGAAACUGAAUAUAGAUGGACUUUUGGUCUAUUUUCCUUACGAUUAUAUAUAUCCUGAACAGUAUUCGUAUAUGUUGGAGCUGAAAAGAACUCUGGACGCAAAGGGUCAUGGUGUGCUUGAAAUGCCAUCAGGAACUGGGAAGACCAUCUCACUAUUAUCUCUUAUUGUUGCUUAUCAAAAAGCAUAUCCAUUAGACGUAACAAAGCUGAUCUACUGUUCUCGGACAGUUCCUGAAAUUGAAAAGGUGGUGGAGGAAUUAAAGAAGCUAAUGGAAUUUUAUGAGAAAAUGACUGGAGAAAAACAAAACUUCUUAGCACUUGCACUUUCUUCUAGGAAAAAUCUUUGUGUGCACCCUGAAGUGAGUUCCCUUCGAUUUGGAAAAGAUGUAGAUGGAAAAUGCCACAGUAUGACAGCAUCUUACAUUCGUUCCCGGAAGCAACAAAACCCUGGGGUUCAGUUGUGCCGCUUUUACGAGGAAUUUGAAGCACUGGGUCGGCAAGUUCCGCUUACUGCUGGUAUCUUCAACCUUGAUGAUCUCAAAGCUUUUGGCAGGCAAAAAGGCUGGUGUCCCUAUUUUUUGGCUAGAUAUUCGAUUCUUCAUGCCAAUAUUGUGAUUUAUAGCUACCAUUACCUGUUGGACCCCAAAAUUGCUGACCUUGUGUCCAAAGAGCUGGCAAAAAAGUCAGUUAUCGUAUUUGAUGAGGCCCACAAUAUUGAUAAUGUGUGUAUUGAUUCAAUGAGUGUAAAUAUAACCAGAAGGACUCUGGAUCGCACCCAAAGUAACAUAGAAACUUUGCAGAGUACCAUUCAAAAAAUAAAGGAAACAGAUGCUGCAAAACUCAGAGAAGAGUACAGUCAGUUAGUGCAAGGACUGAAAGAAGCAAAUGUUGCCAGGGAAACCGAUGUAUAUCUCUCUAAUCCAGUGCUACCAGAUGAAAUUCUACAAGAGGCAGUCCCAGGAAGCAUCCGAACAGCAGAGCAUUUUGUUGGGUUUUUAAAACGACUUCUAGAAUACUUGAAGUCUCGACUUCGAAUUCAACAUGUUGUGCAGGAGAGUCCUCCUCAGUUUCUUAAAGACAUCUAUGAGAAAGUGUGCAUUGACCGUAAACCUCUCAGAUUCUGUUCUGAGAGACUACGUUCAUUGUUACGAACUCUAGAAAUAGCUGAUAUUGCUGAUUUUUCAGCAGUUACACUUAUUUCUAAUUUUGCUACUUUGGUCAGCACAUAUAGUAAAGGUUUUACAAUCAUCAUUGAGCCUUUUGAGGACAAAACUCCCACCAUUGCCAAUCCUGUUUUGCAUUUUAGCUGUAUGGAUUCUUCUAUUGCAAUUAAACCAGUAUUUGAACGAUUUCAGUCAGUCGUCAUCACAUCAGGGACGUUAUCACCACUGGAUAUCUAUCCUAAGAUUCUGGACUUCCACCCUGUUACAAUGGCAUCAUUCACAAUGACGUUAGCCAGAACUUGUCUCUGCCCAUUGAUUGUCGGCCGUGGAAAUGAUCAAGUAGCCAUUAGUUCCAAGUUUGAAACUAGGGAGGAUAUUGCUGUGAUCCGUAACUAUGGGAACCUUCUUUCUGAGAUGUCAGCAAUUGUUCCUGAUGGAAUUGUGGCAUUUUUUACCAGUUAUCAGUACAUGGAAAAUAUUGUGGCAUCCUGGUAUGAGCAGGGUAUUCUGGAAAACAUACAGAGGAACAAGUUAAUUUUCAUUGAAACUCAGGAUGCUGCAGAGACUAGCAUGGCGCUUGAGAAAUACCAAGAGGCUUGUGAAAAUGGUCGUGGAGCUAUUCUACUUUCUGUGGCAAGAGGAAAGGUUUCAGAAGGAAUUGAUUUUGUACAUCAUUUUGGAAGAGCAGUGAUAAUGUUUGGAGUACCUUAUGUUUACACACAGAGUCGCAUUUUAAAGGCACGUCUGGAAUAUUUAAGGGAUCAGUUUCAGAUCAGAGAAAAUGAUUUCUUGACGUUUGAUGCUAUGCGUCAUGCUGCUCAAUGUGUAGGAAGGGUAAUUCGUGGAAAGACUGAUUAUGGUCUUAUGAUAUUUGCUGACAAGCGCUAUUCCCGCAGUGAUAAAAGAGGAAAAUUACCGCGCUGGAUUCAGGAACAUAUAAGUGAUGGCAGUUUGAACUUAACCAUUGAUGAGACUGUGCAGCUAUCCAAACACUUCUUAAGAGAAAUGGCACAACCAUUCCGUAAGGAGGAUCAGUUGGGCCUCUCCUUGCUUACUCUGGAACAGUUACAGUCUGAAGAAAUGUUGAAGAAAAUAACACAGAUAGCACACCAGGUGUAAUAUAUCACAGAAAUGUAAAUAUUAAAGAAAAUAUCUAGAGAGACAAGGGCACUUUAAUAGUCUCUGUGUUGAUACAAUAGGUUUGUAAAGAAUGAUACUAUGUCACAAACAUUAAAGCAUGGAGUAACUCGAAUACAAAAGAUGUGAAAUGCUUUAUAGAUAUUUGCACACCAUGUGUGUGUGUUUUUUUAAGUAGUUUCUCUGUUUAACAGUUUAUCACCUUGUGAGUAUGUGUUCAUUUUUUGUUAUAAAAUACACUUUUUAAGGUGGUUUGUCACUUGUUGAAAUCAGGUUACAAAAGUCCAUAAAAUGCUCUAAAUUAUAAUGCAGUUUAACAAUAAAAUUUUUAAU